UCUCCUCCUCCCCGUCUUCUCUCCCCUCUCAUCCCCCUCCUCUCUUCCGUCUCCGCCCUCUUGUGCGACUCGACUAGCUUGUUGUCUGCACUGUCCCGAAUUGACGGGCUGACCGGCUGUUUGUCUACUGCCAAUCGAUCUAUCUGUCUCGCUGUUGUUGUGCUGUCGUUUAUUUAUCUUAUCAAACCGUCACUUCCCCUUCCCGUACGGUACCACACGACCAUAACACCUCCUCUCUCUCUGCAUCUCUCCAUUCCGAACUGUUUCCACCAGCAAUCAUGGACUCGGCGUUAAAUUCCUCUUCAUACCCCGGAAAUCGGAUCAUCGCGUACUUGGAGACUUUGGUCAAGUCUAAGUCAUAUCUGCCUUACGGACUUCCUGUCUGCGUUUCGCCGUCGCAUACUGUCACCAACACCGACACCCUCUUGCACCUAGCCUCUCUAGUGGGCCCGCAUAUCGCGAUUCUCCAGGUCUAUGCAGAUAUCAUUGACGAUUGGUCGGAGGAGACAGUUCGCCAAUUGGUCGCCCUGGCAAGAAGACAUGGCUUCCUGAUCUGGGAGGGCGGUCGAAUCCUGAAUUCCACGGUGGACAUUGUCGGAGGACAGAAGUCAGAGACGAGAGAGGUGCGGAACGAGACUGUGGAUAUGAUCCGCAAGAAAUAUACGAAAGGAAUAAUCAAACCAGCCUCGUGGGCGGGUCUUUCGACGGCGUGGGCCUCCGGAGUGGCUGUGUACAACCAGGAAGCCGACAUUCUGAUUCCCACCCUGAAGGCUGCCGCUCGCGAAGCAGUAGCAGAUGCAGCGCAGACCAUUCGAACCGAGAUCACAGCAGAACAUACCACCAACAACCAUACCUUCGGUGAUCAAGACGGGAAUGUGACCUCGCAGCACCUCUGUGAGUAUGCCGUUGACAACACUAGCGGCCUCGACCUUCCUCCUCGCAAAGCUUCCACCAUCUCCUUGACUCAGACCAUCACUCAACACACCGAAGACUCAACCGAGCUUCCUUUGGAGUCUCCCCAGUAUGAGCGACGUGGUUUUGAAUUCCGGUCUCUGAGCCCCGCGACCAUUCCGGAAGACUUCCCGCCUCCACCACUUAUGGCUCGUGGACUAGUCUUGUGUCUACCAUCCGCAACAGCCAAUUCUUUCACCAAUGAUUACCGUCAAAGCUGUGUGGCUGCUGCUCGCGCCAAUCAGGACUUUGUGGCUGGCUUCGUGUGUGGAGAGCCGUGGCACUUGGUCUCUCAAAGAAACGACCUCUUUGGUGCGGGCGUUCCCGGUCACGGCGAAGAACAGCAGCAGUUGAGCCCCUACUCAUCAGACGAUGACGAAGCUGUACCACAUUUUGCUUUGGUGUCGCCUAUCUCCCGCCGACUCAGCGCGGUCAGUGGUCAAGGGUCGGACGAAGCCGACGAAGACGAGGAAGAGCAGCAGCAGAACGGCAUCCCCAUGCCCGAACCACCGCUUCCCUUGGACUCUCUCAACCCACUAGCCUCUAAACUGUUCCAGAUCACUGGCAAAGCACUGCAACUUCGCGAGACCUCCAUCCAGGAACGCGGAACUCUACACCUGAGGGCAGACACGGAUAAGAGCUACCAAAUAUUGCACGUUCCUUUGGUGGUAUUGCCUUGAGGGCGUACCUUCCCCGCAAUCUGUUUCCACCACUUCCGUUCGUUUUUUCCAUGCUUUCGCAUCCUUCUCCACAACAUUCUACCAAAUAAUCUAUCUCUCCUUUCACUUCUCGUACUUAUAUAUAUCUUACUACCACCACCUUUGUUACCGUCACUAUUGCACCUAAGGAUAUGGAGUUGAGCGCCUUGAAAAUGCUGUUUCCGGUCUUUCUUUUGCAUUCUACCCUGUGGCACUACAAGAAGCAUAAUCAUCAAUCAGAAAUCAAAUACAUGUUACAAUAGACGAAC